GCCCGCCCGCUGCCGCCGGCGCCCCAGUCCGCGCCUCCCGCCUUCUGCCGCAGCCGGCUGGGCUUUUUCCCUCCUUCCCAAUUGAGUCUGGGCGCCAAGCCCCCAAGUGCUCGUCACGCUGGACCCUGGCGCGGAGCCCUGGCAUCACGACUCGGAGGCCGAGACUCUCUCCUGGAGUCACCCAGGGGACAUGGAGCCGCCUCAGUGUGUAGAGGAGCUGGAGGAUGAUGUGUUCCAGCCAGAGGAUGGGGAGCCGGGGACCCAGCCCAGGAGCUUGCUCUCUGCUGACCUGUUUGCCCAGAGCCAGCUGGACUGCCCCCUCAGCCGUCUGCAGAUCUUCCCUCUCACCCACUGCUGUGGCCCCGGGCUUCGACCCACCAGCCAGGAAGACAAGGCCACCCAGACCCUCAGUCCAGCCUCCCCGAGCCAGGGUGUCAUGCUGCCUUGUGGGGUGACUGAGGAACCCCAGCGACUCUUUUAUGGCAAUGCUGGCUACCGGCUCCCUCUCCCUGCCAGUUUCCCUGCAGGCUUGCCCCUUGGUGAGCAGCCCCCUGAAGGGCAGUGGCAACAUCGAGCAGAGGUACAGAUUGCCCGAAAGCUUCAGUGCAUUGCAGACCAGUUCCAUCGGCUUCAUAUGCAGCAACACCAGCAGAACCGAAAUCGUGUGUGGUGGCAGAUCCUCCUCUUCCUACACAACCUUGCUUUGAACGGAGACGAGAACAGGAACGGGGCGGGUCCCAGGUGAGGCUGGGCUGCCCUCUUCACAUGGGGCACCACAGGAAGGACAUUGCAAGGAUGGACACUGUCUUGUGAAGUUGUUUUGUGUUAUUAUUUUAAAAAUGUAUCUCUGUACAUAAGACAUACCCAAGUGGGACUUCUUUCCCUGUUGAGGGCCUCGACCAGGAAUGGGCCCUUUGUCAAACACUGUUGAAGUAGAGGCUGAUGUGUCUGUGAUGGUGGGACCUCCAAGGGCUCUGACAAGUAGAUUCUUCAGUCAGCAGUUGUUGAAGAUGACCGGGUAGUGAUGUUCUCCAGCAAGUGGACUGUAGUUUUCCCACAGGAACUCGGUUAAGAAAUAGGAGACUGGAUUAGACUCCUGGUUCCACCAAACCUAUCAGCCUUCCACUGUGGUUGGGGCCAAGAUCCAGACCGUCCCCCUGCUUUAACCCACCAGGGCCUCGGCCAGGGGCUUUCCAGCUGAGCACGGCUACUUCACUAGGCCAGUCAGCCUGUCUCUGGGUUCUCAUCUGGGCCAGCCAGUGCCACCCCACGGGCUCAGGGAUUCUUGCUCAGCCCCUGUCAUCUCCAGCAGACCUCAGGGAGGAUUGGGUUUCUCCAAGGACCCCCUCAAACAUGCCAUAAAUGAACCAAACUUCUGGGUAGGCCUCAAAUCUGACUUGGUCCCACUUGGAGGCCCCAGGAUUGGUCCUGAGGUGUGGAACCACUGCCACCUCUGGCUGCCUGGGACUGGCUGGGUGUCAACUAUGGAUGAGCCAAAUAGCCAGUCAACAUGCUGUAGCCAGCAGUUUGUGCCUUUUUCAGCUCCUCUCUCUAAAGACCCAGCCAACGGACUGCAUUUUACCCCCAAUAUCAGCACUCUGGGGCUUGAAGGGGCAAGAUUGAGGUGGGACUGGAAAGUGUGGCAGCCAUCCCACCUAUAAGAGACAGCCCUAGAGGAACCCAGACAUCUUGGUUUCCUUGGAAACAACAUACCUCCUCCCCUUUCUCCCCAUUCCUUUUUCACACCUAGUGGGAUACAGGAAGAAGCCAGCACAGUGGCUUUGUCAGCUAAAAUGUGUCUUUUAGAGUAAUAGACAGUGAUUAGAGUGUGGAACCGUCAAAGCUGGGUACACAUUUCCUGUCUUCCUUCAACUUCCAGCUAGGCCAGAAGGGCGUGCUCUGGAAGUCAGCAGGAUCACAGCUGCCUCUGAACUUCUUCCUUUCUCUCCCUGC